AUGGCGUUCUCCGUCUCCUCCAGCAUGAUGGCCCUGACGGCCCCUCGGGCUCAGGCCUCACGGAGCUCCAGGCCCGCCAAGGUGGUGUGCGCGGCGCAGAACGCCACCGACAAGGCCAAGGAUGUCGCGAAGACCGCUGCAGCAGUGGCUGCAACGGCUCUCGUUGCCGGGGCCGCCAACGCUCUCACCGUGGACGAGAUCCAGGGGCUGUCGUACCUCCAGGUCAAGGGCACGGGAAUCGCUAACAAUUGCCCCACCCUUGCCAACGGCGGGGACCCCAAGUCAAUCAAGUCUGGAACCUACACCCUGCAGAACAUGUGCGUCGAGCCCACCAAGAUCCAGGUCAAGGAGGAGUCCCAGUUCAGGGCUGGCGAAACUGAGUUUGUGGAUACGAAGCUCAUGACCCGGUUGACCUACACACUGGAAGGGCUGAAGGGCAAGUUCACCGUUGGCGGCAGUGGUGAUGUUUCCUUCGAGAAGGCCGACGAGGGUAUUGACUUUGCCCCAGCAACUGUGCAGCUCCCAGGCGGUGAGCGUGUGCCCUUCCUUUUUACCCUGAAGGAGUUGAACGCCAAGGGGUCAUUGGAUGGCUUCAUCGGCGACUUCACUGUCCCAUCCUACAGGGGAUCAUCCUUCUUGGACCCGAAGGGGCGUGGUGGCUCCACCGGGUAUGACACGGCUGUCGCCCUGCCCGCUCGUGGUGACUCUGACGAACUUGUGCGGGAGAACAUCAAGUCCACAGCCUCAAGCAAGGGCACCGCCUCUUUCUCUGUGGCCCAGGUGGACAGUGCCACUGGCGAGGUGGUGGGCGUGUUUGAGAGCAUCCAGCCCUCAGACACUGACCUUGGCUCCAAGGUCCCCAAGGACGUGAAGAUCACCGGUUUGUGGUAUGGUCAGCUGUCGUGA